CUAAGAAAGGUAUAAGUUGUGUCUAACAAUUUGAUCGGUUUACCUGCUGUUUUAGUACAGCUUAGUUUCUCUCUUUCGAUUGUAGUAGAUAAAGGAUAUGAAAAGUAAAUGCAAAAAAAGCAGUGUAUUGCGCAAGUGAGUUCAAUCAGGAUUACGCGAGUGCAAGUGUUGUCGACAUAUAACUCGCAAUCAGUGUUUACACAAAAGAGGGAGGAAAUAUGGAUUGGCCCGCACAUACGUAAUAUAGUGUCAGUUAGGAUUCUAUCCAAGCUCGGUGCUAUACUGUUUCUAGUGUAGUAAAGUGUAUAAUGGCUGUGAAAUGGAUGUUCGAAUUAAAAUGUUACGGGAUAAUCGUGAGUUUAUUUUGUAUUAUUAUAACAAUGUUUGGAAGUGUGCGGGGCUCAUGUCACUGGUCGAUGGGGGGAAACGAAACGCAUUCAGCAAUUUGUACCCUACGUUCUCUUGAUCCUUCGAGUGUGGCAGCGCUUUUUCCUUCCUUGGACGGCGCAUUUAAACUACGACUCAGCUGUAGUACAGCCAACUACUUUGAAAGCAUCAUAACGGGGGAAAGCUGGCAUCGACUCAGUGGCUUAGAUGAACUUGUGAUCAAUGGUUGCAAACUUUUACAAAUACCUGAUGCAGCUUUUCAACCAUUAGCUGAUUUGAAAAGGUUGAAAGUGAGAACCUUAAAUCAAGAAUGGAACAUUGGUCGCACCCUUGAACUGGCUUCCGAUGCUUUGGCGGGUCUACGUGAAUUGCAAAUACUUGAAAUAGUCGACAGUAAUCUUCGAGCGCUUCCGCCAAACGUUCUUUGUGGCCUGGGUAAUUUACAGACUCUUAAUCUAACGGGAAAUCAGUUUCGCGGAGUAGAAGAUGUCGGUCUCGCAGAAACUCGGGCAAAUAGGGCUGACUGUCGGGCGGAUAUUCGAGUGCUCGACUUCGCACGUAACGAAAUACGAAAUUUGCCAGAAGAAAGUCCACUCUCUGGUUUACGACAAUUACAAGAACUGUAUUUGCAGCAUAAUGAAAUCAAUGAAAUUGCAAGUGAUGCUCUUACCGGCCUCACAAAUCUUCGUAUUUUUAACGCUAGUUUCAACGAUUUGCAUUCUCUUCCCGAAGGAAUUUUUGCUGGCACAAGAGACCUGCGAGAAAUUCAUCUUCAGUAUAAUCAGUUACGGGAACUUCCUCGUGGAAGUUUUACACGUCUUGAGCAACUCCUGGUUCUUAAUCUUGCUGGUAAUCAUUUGGAAAGUGAUCAAGUGGAUGAAUCUACAUUUUUAAAUUUAAUUAGGCUCAUUGUACUUGAUUUGUCUUACAAUUUGUUAACACGAAUAGACGCGAAAAUGUUUAAAGAUCUUUUUUUUCUACAAAUACUUGAUUUGAGAAACAAUUCUAUCAGUUAUGUAGAAAGUAAUGCUUUCUUACCACUUUACAAUUUGCACACUUUAGAACUUUCCGAAAAUAAAAUCACUUCUAUAGGCCCGCAACUUUUCAAUGGUCUCUUCGUUUUAAAUCGUCUCACACUGUCUGCCAAUUCUAUCGCAACAAUCGAUCCGCUCGCCUUUCGUAAUUCUUCUGACUUAAAAGAAUUAGAUCUUAGUGGUAAUGAGCUCACUUCUAUUCCCGAAGCUCUGAGAGACCUUGCUUUUUUAAAAACCCUUGAUCUUGGCGAGAAUAAAAUUACUGACUUUCAAAAUGGUUCGUUUAGAAAUCUGAAUCAGUUAACGGGACUGCGUCUUAUUGGCAACGAAAUCGGUAACCUAUCUCGUGGAAUGCUGUGGGAUUUACCAAAUCUUCAAAUAUUGAAUCUUGCAAGAAACAAAGUGCAACAUGUAGAAAGAGAAACUUUUGAACGUAAUGUCCGUUUAGAGGCUAUACGUCUCGACGGCAAUUUUCUUUCUGAUAUCAACGGUGUUUUUACUAGUAUCGUGAGUCUCUUACUAUUAAAUCUUUCUGAAAAUCAUAUUGAAUGGUUCGAUUAUGCGUUUAUUCCUAACAAUUUAAAGUGGCUAGAUAUUCACGGGAAUUUCAUCGAAAGUUUAGGAAACUAUUACGAAAUUCGUGAUUUACGAGUGAGAACUCUUGACGCUAGUCACAAUCGUGUCACGGAGUUAGUACCGCUCUCUGUGCCUGACAGUGUGGAACUUCUGUUCAUUAAUAAUAAUUACAUUAGUGUAGUGCGACCUAACACAUUUACCGGAAAAGUCAAUCUGACGCGUGUGGAUAUGUAUGCAAACAUGAUCGAAAUGAUGGAGUUAACCUCGCUACGGUUGACUCCUGUAUUAGAAGAUAAACUAUUACCGGAAUUCUACAUCGGUGGCAACCCUUUCAAUUGCAACUGUUCGAUGGACUGGUUACCAGUGAUAAAUAAUAUAAGUGCUCUUCGACAGUAUCCACGCGUAAUGGAUCUUGAUAAUGCUAUGUGCAGAGUGUCAGGGCCGCGAGGUUCUGCGGUAAUUCCGGCGUAUUUAGCGCGACCUGAACAAUUUUUGUGUCGUUAUGAAACACACUGUUUCGCACUAUGUCAUUGUUGUGAUUUUGAUGCUUGUGAUUGUGAAAUGACAUGCCCGUUAAACUGCAAGUGCUACCACGAUCAAACUUGGAAUACAAAUGUGGUUGAUUGUUCGGGCCUUGGAACUCGCGAAAUACCACGUCGAAUUCCCAUGGAUGCUACGGAAGUUUAUUUAGACGGCAAUGACUUACGUGAAUUGCAAAAUCACGUAUUCAUUGGACGAAAAAACAUGCAGGUCUUAUAUGUCAACGCAAGUGGAAUUGAAUCUAUACAAAAUCGGACUUUUAAUGGUCUAAACAACUUGCAAAUUCUUCACCUUGAAGACAACAAAAUUCAUGAACUCAAGGGAUUUGAAUUUGAACAUUUAUCUCAUUUACGUGAACUUUACCUACAAAACAACAUUAUUGCUUCUAUUGGUAAUUUAACUCUUUUACCCUUGCGUUCUUUGGAAAUUCUUCACCUAGAAGGUAACCAAUUGGUCACAUUUUCAGUCUGGCAAGCUACUCUAAAUACACGUUUAGUCCAACUGUCACUUGGAAAUAAUCCAUGGUCCUGCCGUUGCAAGUUCCUUCAGGAACUUACUUCAUGGGUUUCAGACCACUUUCACAAAGUUACUGAUACAAAAGAUGUUUGGUGUUACAAUAAGGACGCAAAACCACCCUAUCGGCGACGGCUUACUGUCAAUGAAACUGUUUGUUCAGAUUACUUUACACAAGGCGGAGUUAUUGAUAAUAUAAUGAUUUCUGAUUAUUUGCCCAUGGUAGCUGCUACACUUUCAGCAGUACUUUUAGUUCUCGUGUUGACUGUUCUUGCAUUUAUAUUUCGUGAACCCGUACGCACUUGGGCCUAUUCAAAAUACGGUGUAAGGUUUUGGACGAAGGGCUCUACUUCGGAAAGCAAAGAUCGUCUUUACGAUGGAUAUUUUUGCUACAGUCCGAAAGAUGAGGAUUUUGUGGUUCACUCAUUGGUGGAUGAAUUAGAACACGGAGUAAGAGGUCUUCGACUGUGUCUGCAUCAUCGAGAUCUUCCGUGCCUACGAACCCCAUCUUCUGUUAUUUUAGAAGCUGCGGAAGCUUCAAGGAGGAUAGUAAUUGUUCUAACCAGGAAUUUUUUGCAUUCUGAGUGGUCUUGUUUUGAGUUUCGAGAGGCCAUGCAUGAGGCUUUACGAGGGCGACUGAGUCAGCUGAUUGUCAUUCAGGCUGGUGCAAUUAUCUCGAAGGAGGAAACUGAUCAUGAGUUAAGGCCUUAUAUUCGUUCUGCGAUGGUAAUUAGCUGGGGUGAAAAAAGGUUCUGGGAAAAACUGAGGUACAUGAUGCCAACCCAUGAUAGGCACAAACCAUCUUUGUACAGGAACAACGUCAACACGUACACCCUCGAAAGUAGAUCAGAAAAAGAAUGUACUUCAACUCUUCAAGUAUCUGGUAAUGCUACUGGGAAUCUGCAAUUGUUUCAAGAUUCGCCAGAACUUCUACGAGCACCGCCAGCAUACUCCAGUACAGCAUUAUUCGGUCGUGAUAAUGGUGCUGUGUCUACUGCUACCAUAGAAAGCUCUACAAAUCCAAGUACGCGCCUCACAAUGAAUCACGCAUACCAAGAUCCAAUAUUAAGUGGUCUGAACGACAGCAGCAGGAGACCUCUCUCAGAACAUAUUUACUCAUCUAUUGACUCAGAUUACUCGACCCUGGAGAAAAACGCCUGGAGACAGCAUAAUGCUCAGCAGCAGCAAUCCGGACACGCCUAUCUCGUCUAGCUUGUUUUUACAGUUGUCGCUACUACAUACCUUUCUCUGAUACCGUUAAAAUUUGCUCGAGAUAGGAACCUCGCCAUUCUAAUGAUCUUCGUUCUACGUUGUGUAUGUAACUUGCACACAAAGAUGCGACUGUGAUGUUCAUACGCUGCUCAGUGCUCAUUCUGUCGUUAGUCUUUUAAAUUACCGAGGUUCCUAUCUCACUAAAUCUAUUACUAAUUUCAAUCAAGUGGCUCUUAGUUACGUUUUAUAAGCGAAUCGCUAACUCAAAUUUGAUAAUUAUUUCGGUGCAGCACUCUAUUAUGUAACGUAUGGAGCCGUUUUAAUUUGUCAAUGUUUUUUUUUUUUUU